AAACACACCCAUAGGCCAUAUCUAUAUCAAUGCAAUGAAGAUGUCGUAUUAUCAAUACAUUACUCACUCAAACAUACAAACGCACGCUAUCCCAAUUCCCACGGAGACAAACACCUUUGAUCUUCAAGUCAACAAUGGAGGAUAGUACUGUAGGAGGAAUCAGAGAAAAGUUAUUAGUGAACACAGAAGCAGCAGCAGCAGCAGGAGAUGUUGAAGACGAGACGAUAAGCAGUUGGAAAGAGAGAUUCUGGAGAGAGAACAAAAAGAUAUGGGUAGUGGCAGCCCCGGCCAUUUUCACCCGAUUCAGUACGUUCGGAACAGGCAUCAUCACCCAGGCAUUCAUCGGCCAUGUCGGCUCCAAAGAGCUCGCCGCCUUCGCCCUAGUCUCCACCGUCUUCCUCAGGUUCGCCCAAGGCAUUCUGCUGGGAAUGGCGAAUGGUCUGGAAACCCUAUGCGGGCAGGCGUACGGCGCAGGGCAGCACCACAUGCUGGGGAUUUAUCUGCAGAGGUCAUGGCUCGUCUCCAUCAUAGCUUCCACUGUACUCCUCCCUGUCUUCAUCUUCACCGCUCCAAUUCUCCGAGCCUUGGGGCAGGAAAAGGAAAUUGCAGAAAUGGCAGGCACCAUGGCUCUCUGGCUCAUCCCUGUUAUAUACUCCUUCAUCGUCUCCUACACCUGCCAAAUGUACCUCCAAUCUCAGAGCAAAAAUAUCAUCAUCAUCUACCUCGCCUCCAUCUCCAUCCCCCUCCACCUCUUCCUCUCCUGGCUCCUAACUGUUCGGUUCCACUUCGGCGUCUCCGGUGCCAUGACCUCCACCGUCGUCGCCUUCUGGCUCCCCAACGUCGGCCAAAUCAUGUACGUCAUCUGCGGCGGCUGUCCCCGUACUUGGAGAGGCUUCACUCUCUUGGCCUUCAAGGAUUUGUGGCCCAUUUUCAAGCUUUCAUUGUCUGCAGGUGCAAUGCUUUGCCUUGAAGUUUGGUACAACACAGUGUUGGUUUUUCUUGCUGGAAACUUCAAGAAUGCAGAAGUAGCCAUAGAUGCCCUCUCGAUAUGCCUCAACAUUAGUGGUUGGGAAAUGAUGAUAUCUCUAGGGUUCAUGGCUGCAGCAAGCGUUCGAAUAGCAAAUGAAUUGGGUAGAGGGAAUGCUAAAGCUGCAAAAUAUUCAAUCACUGUAAUAACCACAACAUCAUUCGCCAUCGGCUUGGUGCUAUUUGUGUUCUUCAUGGUGUUCAGAGGAAGUGUAGCUUACAUCUUCACAGAGAACAGAGAUGUGGCUUCAGCAGUUGCUCAAUUAUCUCCUCUAUUGGCUUUCUCCAUACUCUUGAACAGUGUGCAGCCUGUUCUAUCCGGUGUUGCAAUCGGAUCGGGAUGGCAGAGUGUCGUGGCGUGGGUAAACGUCGCAUCCUAUUACAUUGUAGGAGUCCCCAUCGGCAUUGUGCUCGGAUAUGUAUACAAUCUGCUAGUCGAAGGGGUGUGGAUAGGAAUGCUGAUAGGUAUAGUGGUCCAAACUGUAGUUCUUGUUGUUAUUACCUACAGAACUGACUGGGACAAACAGGUGUCGAUUGCUCAGAAACGAGUUAACAGAUGGUUCGUGAAAGAUGAGGUUGAUGACGCCUACUGAUGUGGCAUUAUAUUAAUGGUUUGAUGACUGUUUAUGAGAUUUUGUGAUAUGAAUUUGAAAGUUACACACAACACAUAAUUGGGAUGUGAUGUGGUGUGGGCUUUAUUGUUACAUUUUUUUUAUUAUUAUUAUUAUUUUUAUUUUAUAUUGUAUGAAUUCGUAGCUGCUGCCCGAAAGUCCGUACCGAUAAACCCUGGUCGAACAUUAUUAUUGUUACAUGUUUUCUCUCUCUUAAUAUAAUA